GUCGAUCGAGUGAGAAGCGGCGGGGUAACAAAACAAACGCAACAACCACCGCCAACACAAACGCCAACACCAACCCCCGCGGCACAACAUCCCGGAUGCAAAGGACACCCGCGGUCCGGCGGACCGCUGGCCGGCCCCCGGUUCGUAACGGGCCGGCAGGGGACGCCCGUGCACACGCACACGCGAGAAGCCCCCAAGCAGGGGCCGCCGCCCGGGAAGGCCGAAAAGAAAACUCUUCGAGGCCGGCGAUGCUCCGGGCCCUCUUCGCGGCCUUGCUGUGCUCCUACCUGGGGCUGCUGCAGAGGCAAUGGCAGUGGCAGUCCCCGUCGUGGGCGCGCUACGGUCCCGGCUCCGAGAGCAGAUCCACGAGGGCCGCGUUCGACCGGGCCGUGCGGCCCAACGCCACCACCUCGGCCUGCCUGAUGGUCUCGGACGACAACCACUUCCUGGCCGAGUGGAUCGCCUACCACUACCACGCGGCCAACCUCCGCCGGCUGGUCGUCCUGGUCGACCCCAACAGCCGGACCUCCCCGCUGGGGAUCCUUUCGGGAUGGAAAGACCGGCUGGUGGACGGCCUGACGGUCUGGAGGGGCGAGGAGGACUACGCCAACAAGGUCGUCCCGAACGAGUUCGAGACGGCGAUGCGGUGGGUGGAGCGGGAGUUCACCGAGACGACGCCCGGCCUCGUCGAGCACCGGGCCCGGCAGCGGCUCUUCUACACCCACUGCCUCCGCCUGCUCAAGCGGGAAUCCGACCGGGGGCGACCGGGAGGGGCGAGCCCGGGGCAGGGUUCGUCGUCGUCGUCGUCUUCUUCUUCGUUCCGGUGGACCCUGCUGGUGGACGUGGACGAGUUUGUCCGCGUCCACCGAGCCAACCGCACGGCGGCCGGAAGCACCGGCGCGGAGGCUUCGGACCCCUUCUCCCUGCCGGCGGCGGGAACGGCCGGGUCGGUCGCUUCCGUCCUGGAGCUCCUAGCCCGGCCCGACGCACGGGGAGGCCCAAGGGCCCAGUCCUCCCCGUGCGUGCCCCUGCCGCGGGUCCGGUUCCUGCCGGACCCCAUGGAAACCGAGCGCGGCAGCAGCCAAAGGCGGCCCCUCCUGGCCACCCAGCGGGACACCCUCCACGCCCCGAGCGGCGACUUCCGGACCAACAAGAUCGCCAAGGCAAUCAUCGACCUGGCCCGGAUCUCGGUCGCGGACAUUGCCCCGGUCGACAGCAUCCACCUCCCGGUCCGGAAGCACUGCCAAAAGUCCGGCCUCCACCUGGCCCACUCGGAGGCCCUCCUGGUGGCCAACCACUACCUGGGGAGCCUGGAGGAGUUCACCUACCGGGAGCACGACGCCCGGGGGGGAGGGGCAACGGCAACAGCGGCAGAGGCAGCCACCACCACUGCCAACCCUUCCGCAACGGCACCGGAGGGCUCUCGCAGGCGCAGGGCGGGCCACCGCCACAAAACCCCCGGUCUCAACGCCCGCACCGCCGACGCCUUUCGGGCCCAGACGAGGGACUCCCACCUCCUCGAAACCGACGACGAGAUCCGGCCCUGGCUCGGUGCCUUCCUGGGUGGCAGCGGCAGCGGCGGCGGGGACGACCCCGCCCGGGCCGCCCUGCUGGAGGCCGCCGGGGUGCUGGCCCCAAAGUCGUGGCACCCGCUCGCUCGGAACGGGCUCGGAGAGGAGCGCUGCGCCCUGCUGUUUUUCGGCCUGACCCGGUCCUUCGGGGACCUGGUCCUUCCGAGCCUGGUGAAACACGUCCUGGAGCCCAACGCCCGGCACGGCUGCGACGUCUACGCCCAUUUCUACACGGCCGACUCCGAGCCGCCCGGCCGGAAGAACCCGGGGGGGGACCUCCGGCCCUCGGAGAUCUUCUGGCUGGAGGACGCCGCCGUGGAGGUCGCCAGGAGGCACUACGAGGAGGUGGUGGAACGAGAGGAAGGCGUCCUCCCGCCGAACCAACGCACCGGCUUUCGGCCCCCCACCGUGGGAUUCACCCACGACACACCGGACGAGUUCCUCCUGCGCCGGUCGGAGGAAAUCGACCGGUUCCGCGAGGCGACCGCGGAGGUCUCGAUCGAAAACCAAACCAGGAUCGUUCCGGCUUACUUUCCCUGGAAGGCCAGGACCUACACCAACACGAGCCUCGACAACAUCGUCGGGCAGUGGCACUCCAUCCAGUCCGUCUUCAAGCUGAUGGACUACACCGCAAGGGCGAAGGGCUUUGCCUACGGCCGGGUGGGCAUGUUCCGAUCCGACGCCCUCUACGUCACCCCCAUCGACAUUGCCCGCCUCGGCGGGACGGACCGCUACGACACGACCAACCGCUGCUUUGUCACCCCGUCCUUUGCCCUGCAGCCGGUCAACGACCGGAUGGUCUACGGGCCCUACGGAGCCGUCAAGAUCUGGGCCACCAAGCGCUUCGACCUCCUCGAAGACCGGGCCUCGAAACAGACCGAUCCCGGCUGGAUCCUCCACCACGAGCGCUUUCUCAACGCCAGCGUCUUUCCCGCCAUGGAAGCCGCCGGCUACGAACACUCUCUCGAGACCAACGGGAUCUGCUCUCUGAGAACCCGGGCGGACCGCUCGGCGGUCCUCUCCGACUGCUCCACCGACGGACUCCUCCCGACCCACAGGGCGACCUUCUGGAACGACCCGGGCGAGGCCGCCGAAAGGGCCCGGCUGGCCGCGGUCGAGUCGAUCGUCGGCAGGAAGUGCUCCCUGGAAGACCGCGGAAGCAAGUGGAAGUUUGCGGUCUGCGGAGAAGAACGACCGGCCUCCUGACACCAGUGACCAGAAGCCGCCUCUGGUACCGUGCAGUUUUUGCCGGGACGAACGGACGAAAUAGAGAGAGGCGAUAGAU